AAAUGCUACUCGAAACCAAAAAAUGAAACAAAAUAUUGUUCAAGUUAAUGAAAUUGAAGUUACUGAUCGAAAGAAGAAGCAGCCUGUUAUUAAAGAUAAUGAUCAACAAAAUGUAUCACCAGCUCUAAAGAUCACUGCUAAACGUAAUUGA